AUGUUACAGGUGCUGGAGUCUAGUACUUCCACUGGAAGUUUGAAGUAUGGUGGACAAUUCUUCCUCCAGCAAGAAGCGUGGCAGCAAUUCCUGUCUAUCCACAUGAUGCAACUUGGAUGGACCUACUGCGACAGCAUGCUAUGCAAAGGUCAUCCAGUGGGGGUUUCGGAACUGCCCGUCUGCCGAGACAUUUCUGCUGGAAUAAUGGGUCAGAGGUCAAUAAAGGUCAUUUCUGAUUUGGAUGCACCUAUAAUAGUUAUACCAAAAUUUGUCCAGGAAGGUGAUGAUUUGGACAUUUUCUGCCGGAGUGGUGAUGCUUACCCUGACCCAAUACUUAAUAUGCAUAAGGAUGAUCAGCUGAUAUCUUCUACUAAUGGCACUACUCUGAAGUACACCAUCAUCAAUGCAACAAGUCAUGAUCAUGGGUUUUACUACUGUGAAGCCCAUAAUAAAGCAGGAAGCAAGACUAGUAACGGAGUUACUCUUAGUAUGCAUUAUAUCAGGUGCCAACAAAAGAGUGAUGUUAACAUUAUAGUUGCAGAAGGCGAUUCCGUGUCCAUUCCAUGUCAAGUGAAUGCUCAACCUAAUCCAAAUUAUACCUUCUUCAAAAACAACAAAGUUGUUAAAAGUGGAUAUGUUAAGGAAUAUAUGAUUGAGAAAGCAACAGAAGAAGAUACUGGCAACUAUCACUGCAUGGCCGUGAAUAAUGCAGGAAAUGUGACAUGUGGACAGAAAAACCUGCUUGUUCCAUAUUGUUUGAUCAGCACCUUUUCUUUAAUAAAAGGACAUCUUACAUGUGUUGCUGAAGGCCAACCAGAGCCAAAUACAACCAUCACAGUCAAUGGUGAUGUUGUUGCAAACGGGAAAAUGACCUCAACUUAUGGAGUUGUGAGUUGUAAUGUGGUAGCCAAAUGUGUAGCAGAAAAUGGCUAUAGUAAAACCACUAAAAUGCUUAAAUCCUGUAAAACUUCUGGUGUUUCAGGCAAUGUUGACAUGACGACAGAUGUGCCACUAGUGGGGAUAAUGUUGGGCAUCCUUGGCUUCAUAUUAACUAUUAUUUGUAUUGUUUUUAUCAUUAAACAUCGAAGUAAGUAUAUCUCAACUAUUACAGUAGACAGGGUCCAAAUCCCCAAAUUAUGAUUCAAUAGGCAGUGUUG